GAAGCAUCCCUUUCAUUUCCGUCUUCUCCGGCUAUGAGCAAGCACUCCCAGAAGUACAGGCACGCGUCUCCGCCCGGCGAGCGGCCCCCGACCUCGACCCAAGGGCACAAAAGCCCGCGGAUGCCCAAUUGCUCCCGAUGCAGGAACCACGGCUUCGUGUCCCUCCUGAAGGGCCACAAGCGCUUGUGCAAGUGGAAGGACUGCCAGUGCCAAAAAUGCAAGCUGAUCACCGAGAGGCAGAGAGUCAUGGCGGCGCAGGUGGCCCUCAGAAGACAACAAGUCCAGGAUGAGGAGCUGGGGAUUUGUACUCCGGUCAAUCUUUCCAAUCCCAGCCUGGCCAUGAAGACUGAAGACGGUGCCGACUGCCUGUUCGCCGUGGAGGGACGACCCCUGACCCUUGGCUUGCCCUCGUCUUCCUCGCUGGGCACCACAGACGCAGGGAGUUGCUCCAUCCCGGCAGACUGCAGCAGGCCUCUUGCAGAUAGUGCAUCCGACCUGCUGCUGGAGACGUCCUACCACAGCCUCUUGCAGUACCAGAUGCCCCACGGGGACGGCUGUCUGGCAGGCCACGCGCCCCCCCGGUACCGCAUGCACUCCUACUACCCGGCAGCCACGUACCUCAGCCAGGGGCUGGGCUCCUCCUCUGGGCUGCCGUCCUUCUUCCCCCCGGAUGACAACCUCUGCGCCGAGGCGAUGGCGGCCUCCAUCUUAUCCAGCAGUCUGGCCGUCGGACUCGACCCCUUGACCAUCCACCUGGCGGGUGGUGCUGACGUCAAGUUCGAGAUAGACGUCAACAGCGAGGCAAGCGACCUCCUGGUCAUCGAUGAGGAUGCCACCCAAUGAAGAUAAAGACGACGGUUCUUUGGCCUUUGAACGUUACACGUUCGUUCUAAUCAGCGCAAAUGAGCUAGUGACAUUUUCGGGAUACAUCGCAAAGACUUUGAUUACUGAUUGUUAUUUACGGUAGACGGGCUGUAAAACAUCGAUGGUUUCGACUUCGGGUGCUUGCUUAGGCCAAAUGAAGUGCACUACUCGCUGCGACCCUUGACAUGGAAACAGGAGUUCAGAAGAGAGUGAAUACCCCAUACCGCAUACCACUUUUUGAAACUCACCCAAAUAAUAAUAAAAAUAUGAUU